GGUGUAAACUUGACCUUUCCUUGUUGUUGUGCGGGUCAAGGUCGUUGAGGAAACACUACUGCGAAUGUUGAUCAACUUCGAACGGACAUAAAAGUUGGAAACACCAUGUGGACACGGCAAUUCUCACAAAAGCUUUUUGCACUAGUUCGGUCGAGCACUUCAUCUUACACGUGCAGGAAUGCACAUGCACAGAAAGCUGAAGUGUCAGAUCGGUUCGUGCAAGCCCUAACUGAUGUUGUUGGAGGUUCAAAUGUUUCUACUGCUGCGGCAGUGCGAGAACAGCAUGGGAGAGAUGAGUCAUAUCACGACUGCUCCCCACCAGAUGUUGUUGUGUUUGCUGAGAGCACUGAGCAUGUGAGCCAGAUUGCCAAGCUGUGUAAUGAUAAUGAGGUCCCCCUCAUUCCGUUCGGCACAGGAACAGGCUUAGAGGGAGGGAUCAAUGCAUUGAGGGGAGGCGUUACACUGGACCUGAGCAAGAUGGAUAAGAUACUGUCCGUGCAUCAGGAGGACUUUGAUGCACAAGUGGAGGCAGGGGUGUCUCGUCAAGGGUUAAAUGCUUACCUUCGUGACACGGGAUUGAUGUUCCCAAUUGAUCCGGGUGCAGAUGCUUCUCUGUGUGGAAUGUGUGCUACCAGUGCAUCAGGCACCAAUGCAGUGAGGUACGGGACGAUGAGGGAGAACGUCCUCAACAUGGAGGUCGUGUUGGCAGACGGCAGGGUCAUCAACACAGCUGGCAAGGGCAGACGCACAAAGAAGACGUCUGCAGGGUACAACCUGACAAACUUGUUUGUGGGCUCUGAGGGCACCUUGGGCAUCAUUACAAAGGCCACACUACGUCUCUAUGGCAUACCUGAAGCAACUGUGUCAGCUGUCGUCCACUUUGAGACAGUCCAAGGGGCAGUGGACACAACAGUCAACGUCCUGCAGUGUGGAAUCCCCAUGGCCAGGAUAGAAUUCUUGGAUGAAGUGACUAUUGAUGCCUUCAACAAGUACAGCAAGUUUGACAUGAAAGUGGCACCCUCUCUCUUCCUUGAGUUCCACGGGCCUGCCAACGGCCUUGACGACCAAGUCAGUACUGUGGAGGAACUAUGUCAGAUGAAUGGCGGUUCUGACUUCCGCUGGGCCAAGGAUGCUGAAGAGAGAAACAGACUAUGGAGGGCCAGGCAUGACAUCAUCUAUGCAUGUAUGGCUCUGAAGCCAGGAUCCAAGCCCUAUUCUACUGAUGUUUGUGUGCCCAUCUCCAAACUGCCUGAAGUCAUAAUCAGGUCGAAGGAUUUCAUCAAGGAGGCGGGAGUUAUAGCGCCAAUAGUCAGUCAUGCUGGUGAUGGCAAUUUUCACUGUGCAUUACUUCCCCUUGAAACCAGCAUUGAGGAGAAGCAGCAAGCCAUGGAGCUAGCAAAGAAAAUAGCUCUACUUGGUAUGUCCCUGGAUGGGACUUGCACAGGGGAACAUGGUAUUGGCAUUGGCAAGAGGGCGCUGCUUCAGGAGGAGCUUGGUGAUACAACUCUCGGGGUCAUGCAGCAACUGAAGGCAACCUUUGACCCCAAGGGUAUUCUCAACCCUGGCAAGGUCUUGUUUUAAGGCUUGAUUACAAAGAAUAUUCAGCUGUACAAUAAGUAAUUGUUUCACAUGAUAUUGCAUCAUACAUUUGAUGUUACUAUAUACAGGUUGUCAGAGGACUUGCUAUGCACAUGUAUACUCAAGAUGUAUCCAGUAUCUUUCAGCUGGAAAUGUUUGUAGUUCAGCCAUUGGGUGACAAUGACGUUGCAUGUUGGAUGUUUUGUGAUGAUGUACCUAAAACCGUUCACUUGUAUCUGACCAGAUUACACAGGUGAUGAGAACGAUUUAUAUAUUUAUAGGAUAUGUUUGCAGUUGGAAUUUACUGGUGUUAGUAAAUACUUCAGUAUAUGAAUAUAGACAUUGUCUACCUGUUAUCAGUGGCUCCAGACUGAUGUAUCUGCUGGUAACUAUGGAAGUGGUUGUUUCACCAGCCCAGAGAUCCUGAUAAGCUGCAUAGUUUGUCAUACUUGAGUAUACAAAUAGAUAUGUAGAGGUUAAGCACUCCUUGGUUUUACAACACUUGACGUACUAUACAUUAUUAUCCAGUGUAGCCUUUUCAGUUGUUGUUCAGUCCUGCCCCACAACAAAGCACAUGUGAUACAUGUGGUCUCACCUUAGGCAAGUGAGUUUGUUCAAAAUUGCCUCUGUUCACCCAGCAGAAAAUAGGUACCCGGUAGAAUAAGUCAUGUGACUAUAACUUUCUAGCACCUCACAGGCAGCUUGGGUUAUCCGCGGUAAUAAUGAACUGUGGAACUCUGUUAGCGCUUUGAACAUACUUUGGUGCGGAGUUCAGCGCAAUAUAAGAAUCCAUAUUAUUAUUAUUUAAUGAUUGCACAUCCUUACUUACUGAGUUAAUGUAGGCAACUCCUGUACAGGAAGACCUACAUACAUGUUUCCAGAAAUGUAUUGCUGUUAAAAUCCCUGACACUUAACUCGAUGUACUGGGAAGUAAUUAUACUCAAAAACCUUGUGUUUGCAGGAGAAGCAGUUGUGCUGAUAUUUUUUUCUGUAGGUAAUUUGUUUUCUCAAAUGCUUGUCACGUUGCUCAUGAUGUAUGUUGGUUCUGUGUACUGUAAAUCAUGAAAUUCAUGCGAGCAUUCCAUUAAUGCGAACAAUGCGUCUGUACUCUUCUCGCAUUAUUAUAAUGACGCAUUUCAGUCUGACCAUGUCUACUUGAUAAAAGACAG